CUCCGUGGGCGGAGAGGCGCCGCGUUUCCGGGUUCCGUGGAGUAGGCGGUCGAGAUGGCGGAGGGCGAGGAGUACGAGUCGGUGCUCUGCGUCAAGCCGGAGGUCCACGUCUACCGAGUGCCGCCGCGCGCCUCUAACCGGGGCUACAGGUGAGCCGGGGAGCCCCGGGGCAUGUGCAGAGUGCCCUCCUUUCCCCGCCUCGGACUCUCUCCCCUCCCCCCACUUUCAAACCAAUGGUGUCCCUGCGGGGUAGGGCUCAAGGCUCAGUUCGGGCUGCUGGGGAGUCUGAAGGGGCGUACAGUGUUACCACCAUGUUAAAAGGGGAGUUUUGAAAGGGUGGCAGCGAAGGAGGAACAUGGCAGGGGUGUUGGUUGUUUUUUUUGGAUAAAGGUGCUUAGUAAAGGUAAAGGGACCCCUGACCAUUAGGUCCAGUCAUGGCAGACUCUGGGGUGGCGGCGCUCAUCUCGCUUUAUUGGCCAAGUGAGCCGGCGUACAGCUUCCGGGUCAUGUGGCCAGCAUGACUAAGCCGCUUCUGGCGAACCAGAGCAGCGCACGGAAACGCCAUUUACCUUCCCGCCAGAGCGGUACCUAUUUAUCUACUUUCACUUUGAUGUGCUUUUGAACUGCUAGGUUGGCAGGAGCAAGGACCGAGCAAUGGGAGCUCACCCCGUCGCGGGGAUUCGAACUGCCGGCCUUCUGAUCGCCAAGUCCUAGGCUCUGUGGUUUAACCCACAGCGCCUAGCCUACUCCUUUAACAAAUAUGGCAUGAAAGAGAAAUUUGCUCUGAAGCACGAUGUGUUUGUGUGUGUUGCAGCUGCGAGUUUUCUGCACUGCAAAAAGAGGGGAGGGGUUGGGAAGCUGGUGUUCCGGGGGCCCCUUCCAACGCUUUUGAUUCUGUUGGGUGACUUUUAGCCCUGAACAGCGGCGCUGUCUUCUCUCCCUGGUGCUAGAGCUGCGGAGUGGCAGCUGGACCAGCCAGCGUGGAGCGGGCGCAUGCGCAUAACGGCCAAAGGGAACGUGGCCUACAUCAAGUUGGAGGACAAGAACUCAGGUAAUGGGGAGUGAGGCGUCCAUCGUUUCCGUGCAACAUGGUUGUUGGAGGGAGGAAGCUUUUCCUAGCCCAGAACUCGGUUUAGGUCUUAGUUAAGUCUCAGGCAAAAGGAGACACAGUGACUGUGGUUCAGGGCAAUCCUUUUUAGCCAGGUUGAUUGUCCAUAGGAUGCCAGAAUUGGGUUCUUUUAUGGGUCUGUCAAGCUACCCUGAAUCCCAGCCCUCACUGCCACACCCGAAGGGGAGCAAUUGCAGGGUGUGGAAGUGUGCUAAUCUUGGGCAAACUCUACAUUCAUGGUGGUGGUGGUGAACCCUAGCAAGCUUCCCCUGACUUGCUUGCAGUGCCCAGGAGUCCAGGAGUCAAUUUUCUGGAAGGCAGAAAGGGCACAUCUUAAACUGUAGAGUCCUCCCUCCCACCCAACUUAUUUGUGAACUUAAGUUUCCAAUUCAAAGAAUUUUGAAGGGCAUGAAUGAGAACUGAUUCAGAAUAUUUGCAUCAAUGUCACACACCCAUUGCGUUGGGGGGGGGUCACUUUCACUGAACCAAAAUGCACAAGUAUGAAGAGAAGUAACACAAUCUGCUAACUAUGGGACGUACUCAUGGCACCCAAAGUAUAUUUGGUCGGGUGGGAGGGAGAAGCUGAACAGCUAGUUUCAUAUCCUCACUUUCCCCCCUUCCAGGAGAACUUUUUGCCCAGGCUCCUGUGGACCAGUUCCCCAGCAUUACUGUGGAAGGUGUGACGGAUUCCAGCCGAUACUUUGUCAUCCGCAUUGAGGACGGGAACGGUAUGGAGGCGGAGGUUCGGAUUGUGUCCUCCUAGGCACGCAGGGCAGCGGGAAUCAGUUCCCCACUUGUGCAUCUUCUGGAAUGAUCCUAAGGCAGCCCCUGCAAGCCCCCCCUUCCUCUUUCCCUUAAAACCCAAAGCUUCCUUCUUGCAGCAAGCUGGGAUUUGCCAGGACUUGGGGGGCCUUUGGGAAGAGGACCCUCUGCACCCAUUUCCUCAGCAUGCUGUUUUUCUGGCCCUCCUGGCGCCGGCACAGCUUGCCUCCCCCAGGGCUGCUGCUUUUUGGUCACCGCCCCCCCCCCCACUCUGCCCUCAGAUCUCUUCCUGCUUCCUGCUUUUUGCCUUGUUUGGGUUGGCUAACAGUGGGCUGCUAGUCGGGUCCAACGAUAAGAGAGGGCACUGUCCUUGCACCUGCCAUGGUGUGUGUGAGGCCCUUCUGCUUUGGUGUGGUUUUGUCCCUGGGAAGUUGGCUUCAGUUCUUGGUGCCAGUGAGGCCCCAUGUGGGCCUUUUGCCUCUGCCCAGCUUGCUGUCACAGCCACUCCUGGUGCCACUGAGCUGCCCCUCUUGUAGGUGCUGCCCUUCCUCUGCUCCCAGGACUGCCUGGCUCCCUCUGCACUCUGUGGGCAGCCGGGGCCUCUCGGCACUUCCUUGGUGUGCCGCAAUGAAAGCUCUGCUGCCGACAGAAUGAGCAUGGCUUCUCUUGCAGGGCGCCGGGCCUUCAUUGGAGUCGGCUUUGUUGACCGAGGUGAUGCCUUCGACUUCAACGUCGCUCUGCAGGACCAUUUCAAGUGAGCAUCUGCCUCCCGCUUUGCAGAGUGCCUGGGUGUCCAGACCUUCCCCAGCCCAGGGGGAGCGGGUGGAGUCUUUGCUACACCGGGUGGAGCCUUGGAAGAGCAAGGCGCCUUUCCAUGCAAGCCGAGCUAAUUCUUCUGAGCUGGUGCAAGCUACCUUUUGCCUCCUGGGGUUCCUUCGAAUGCCCAUUCCUAGCUCUGCUGAUGCAAAACAAAACAAAAACCGCAACCCCUCCCCCUGUGAAAGCGAAAGAAAGAAAGAAAGUGGGAUUUGGGGUAGCUGCCGAUUGCAGGUGGGGGCAGAUUCUGUCAUGACUUGCAGUCCCCUUUCGCUCUCGGUAGCCCUGGUGUCUGCUUUGCUGAAGGAGCCUGCAUUCUGGUAAACCCCUGACAAAUUGGAGGAUUUCAGCAGGCGAGCCAAGGGAACCGGGGAAGGGGCUGAUUCUGGGGAUGGAAGCAGGGGGGAACUUGUAGAGGAGCAGCAGCUGGAAGGAGUUUUCCCCCUGCAACUCUCCAUCUACCCAGGCUGGGGAGGGGGGGGCGGGAUGGAUAUCCAAGAUAGAUGAGGGUUGCAGGGGGAAAGCAGCAAUGACUCCCUGCAGACUCCCCUCCCACCAACUGAAAUCAAACACAGGGUUUCGGGUGCUGCCUUUGUGGCUGCGACAGAUUUCUUCUGAAAGAGAAGGUGCUUGCUUUCAUGGGCUUGGGUGCUGAGUGCAACAUAGCCACUUUCCCUACACCGCCCCCUGCCAGCACCUUAUGCUUUUUGCUCUGCUGCCUCGUGACACCCCACCCCCACCCCAAUUUAUUCUCUCAACAGGUGGGUCAAACAGCAGAGUGAGCUGGCCAAGCAGGCCCUGAAUCCAGACCAGGGCCCCAAACUGGACCUGGGAUUCAAGGAAGGGCAGACAAUCAAGCUCAACAUUGCGGUGAGGAGGAGGGACCUCUCUGGGCUUGUCCGGCUGUGGCAGAGGGGGUGGGGGAUGGGCUGCGGAAAAGGAGUCGCAAAGCAAAUGCUAAUAAGUGGCUCAAAUCAGCAAGUCAAGCCAUAGGUUAGCAAGGGACACCAUCCAGGGUUGAUAGCCUGUAGGACCUGGAAGAAAGUUCCUUUCUGACCCCAAAUGGUGGGAACUAAUCCAAUCCUCGAGGGACGCGGGUGGUGCUGUGGGUUAAACCACAGAGCCUAGGGCUUGCCGAUCAGAAGGUCGACGGUUCGAAUCCCCGCGACAGAGUGAGCUCCUGUUGCUCGGUCCCUGCUCCUGCCAACCUAGCAGUUUGAAAGCACGUCAAAGUGCAAGUAGAUAAAUAGGUACCACUCCAGCGGGAAGGUAAACGGCGUUUCCAUGCACUGCUCUGGUUUGCCAGAAGUGGCUUAGUCAUGCUGGCCACAUGACCCGGAAGCUGUACACCGGCUCCCUCGGCCAAUAAAGCAAGAUGAGCGCCGCAACCCCAGAGUCGGUCAUGACUGGACCUAACAGUCAGGGGUCCCUUUACCUUUACCUUAAUCUGAUCAUCAGCAGAUUAUACCCUCCCUCAUCCCAAAGGGAUUUCUUUUGAGACAUAGACACACACACCCCAGCAUCAUACCCCUGUGCCCUGUUUCUGCCUCUAUAUCACUUGACCACAUGAUAAUGGCUUUUUAGAAACGAACAACACUAUACAAGGUCAAAGGUGUGGGGGGGAGUCUUUUUGCUCUUGUGUCUUGCGCAGGUGUGUCCACUGUGUUGUCAGUGUGGCAAGGAGAUGAGACAAAGGCAAUUACUCAAAGUCAUCUCAGCCCAGGCCUGGCUGGAGCAGCAGGUUGCUUGCAGAUGGAAGAGGCCUUCCCCUCUUUCAGCUGGGAUUGCUACCCAUGCAGAAACGCAGCUGUGGGCUGGGGAAUGCCCUUCGCCCCUUUGAGUGACUGACCAUGCAGUUCAAUCUCCUUUCAGAACGUGAAGAAGAAGGACGGCUCCUCCUCGGCCAGCAGGCCCCGAGCAACAGGCUCUGGGGGCCCCAGCCUCAUCCCACCCCCUCCUGGAGGAAAGGCCUCCCUGACUGGGGAGCAGCUUCCGUCUGCUGUAGAGGCAGGUCUGUGUUUCCUGCUGAUCUCACUCGCAAAGUGGAAAGUCCCUUAUGGCAGUGCACAGCCGUCCUACUUCAGAGCUAGCUUUCCCCAAGCCAGGCUUGCUUGUGGUUAUCGGCAGGUGAUUUCCCAGCCUUGCAUCGCUGGACUCUUAAGUUUUUCUUGGGGCAGGCAAGCUUCAGAGCAGAGGAGGCUGCUCAGGUUAAACGCCACGCCCCACCAGCAUUGUCUCAGCUGCCUGCCUUUAUGGGGUCUUCCUCUCCACCAGGUCCCAGGGGCUCCUAAAGGACUGGCCAGGAAGGGGCUGCGAAAUAUAGACCCAAGUGACGAACGGUUAUCUCUCUGUCUCUCCCUCCCUGUAUCCUGUUUAUCAGCAGACGUCUCCAUCCCGUGGCCGCCUCCGCAGGCUUCAAAUUCAACAGCAGAAGCAGCUGCAGACAUCUGGGGAGACUUCACCAAAGCUUCUGGGUGAGAGUGACAUGUGGGUUGCAGAAGUUGAAAUGUGUCCCCUUCCACCCACCCCACCUUUUAUCUGGAAAACUCCCUAAUCUGACGUAGCUGAAAGAGCGUCUCCACCCCCAUCGUUCUGCCCGGACACUAAGGUCCAGCACCGAGGUCCUUCUGGCGGUUCCCUCGCUCCGAGAAGCCAAGUUACAGGGAACCAGGCAGAGGGCCUUCCCGGUAGUGGCACCCGCCCUGUGGAACACCCUCCCACCAGAUGUCAAAGAGAAAAAUAACUACCAAACUUUUAGAAGACAUCUGAAGGCAGCCCUGUUUAGGGAAGCUUUUAAUGUUUUAUAGGUUAUUGUAUUUUAGUGUUCUGUUGGAAGCCGCCCAGAGUGGCUGGGAAAACCCAGCCAGAUGGGCGGGGAAUAAAUAAUAAAUUAUUAUUAUUAUCUGUUGAUGGGACCCGAGGGGUGCCAGGUUCAUGACGUUCAAGUCCCAGUGGUGGGGAGAUCCUCUUAUCCAAAGGGUAGGUCUGCAUUCUUGGAGAAGCAGUGAAACUCCAUUGCCCCCUCAUGCCAUCCACUAUGUGGUGGCCAGAGGUUACGUCCAGAUGUUCAGGGGGAAGGGACCCUCUCUGUCCCCAGUGCAGUGCAGGCCCUGGGCCCCUGCAGAUCCACUCCUUGCUGAAGGGAGCGCCUCUUCUUUCUCCUUCUAGGUCUGCCUCCGGUCAGGCUCAGCAGAGCUCCACCAGCUGGGUCCAGUUCUGAGCUGAGCAUCUUGUGCUUCUCUGGUCGGGGGUGAAGGCCACGGAAGGACCCUUGUGGACCAAAGAGGAAGCUACUUUGCCCUCGUGGUGCACCAUGAGAUCCCAGUCCUGGAUGUGUUUGGAUGUUUGCUUGGGGCAUUUAAUGGGAUAGGGAAGGUAGGGGUCAGCUGGGGCUGUGCAGAUCCUCUUCUCCCUCCCUCCACCUCCAUCUACCCCCUCAGCACUUGGGGUCCCUGAAAGGGGAGGGAGGGAGGGAGUUUUUCCUGGGUUCAGAUCACAGCUUAAGAACCUGGAAUCCUGGAGUGGGGAAGAGGGAGACAGCUGUCCAGAAAGAAAGAGGCUCCUUCCUGUCUCUUGCCUUUUUUCCUGUCUUGUGUGGUGUCAACAGUGUUUCUUUGAUAUGCUUGCCUCGCCUCGUCCGCUUUCUAGCUUGGAGGGAUAUUGCGGCGCAGCUGCCCCAGGAAACACACACUCUGUACGCGGGCAAAGGCGGCUUCCCUUGCAGGAGGUGACUGGCAGUGCCCUGCCUUCACAGCCCACCUUGCAAAUUUGAAAUGGGCUUACCUGUUGCACAUCUCCCUCUCGGAAUUUCCAGGGUACCUUCCUCACUGGAAGGAUGCUGGGCCCCGAUUCUGUCAUGUUGCUCUGCCUCUGAUGGCUGUGGUGGAAGUAGCAAUGCUGGGAGUGAGAGAAGAGUCAUCAGCUUGCUGCAGAGGCUGUGAGCAAUGAUGCCACGUCGAUGUCCUUUGAGGGCGGGGGUCCCUGGCUCUGCUUUGCCUUGUGAAGUGCCUUCUCUUUUUCCUUCUCCCUCCUCUGCUAAAACUGGCCUUUUGAGCAGCAAGAGCAGUGGAACUUCUGACAUUCCAUAUUGGUGUGACUUUUAAUGUGCACACACACAACAAAUUACCCUUUUACUUUCAGAGAGACCCUGGGUUUUUCUCCUAUCGCAGGUGCCUCAGACAUUGUGAAGGACAAAAACUGCCCUCUGGGCCAUCUUACGGAACCGGGUUUUAAUUCUCUUUUGAAAUAUAGAUCUUUGUAUUCACUCCUAUCCUAUUUAUUCUAAGACGAAGGCCUUUUACAGAACAUUUUCUUACUAUGAAACUCCAUGAAGUUUUUGCUGCCUUUUGUUAUUUUUGAGCUGGUUCCUUAUUAAAAAUGUAUAUGUAUUUAUCUGUAUAAAA